GCCAAAAUAAAACGAGUAAAAACUUUUGUAUCGGACUUGCAAGUGGAUACACAUGGCAGUACGGCGGCAGCAGGACCGUGGGGAAGGCCGUCCUUCAGCCGACUCUAGAGGGUGUUCGGACAUGGCUUUGUCUGAGUAGAAGGGGAGGCUGUCUUCUCUCUCUUUUUCUGAGGUCGCACAGUCAGAGCCAGCGGGCUAUUUCAGUUUAGCCGACUUGCUAGCUAACGUCAAGUUGUAAGAAAGUCGAGAAGACGGCGACUAAACGGGAGCUUGUCCGCCUACACAGACCUAUGCGACGGAUACUAGGUGAGUGAUGGAGAUGAGAGAGUUGACCGUGGUAGCUGGCAGCUUUGUGGGUUUCCAGCUGCUUUUCUCAGUGGCCAGCCCGCGGCUCUCCUCGGCCAUCACACCAGGAUAUGGACGGCUGCCUCCCACCAAACUCACAGAGUGGAACUCCAGGCUGGUGUCGACUGUGCAUGCCCUGAUCGUGGGAUUGUUCUGUUUGUACAUCCUUUGGUUCGACGAUGCAGUCAAUGCCAACCCUGUCUGGGGUGAUCCCAGCCUCGUCAAACUGAAUGUAGCCGUAACCUGUGGUUACCUUCUUUAUGACUUAGUGCUGCUGGCUUGUAACUGGAGCACUAUGGGAGACAGCUUUUUUGUCUGUCACCACUUGGCGGCGCUCUAUGCAUAUGGAUAUGUGCUGACACGUGGCGUGCUUCCAUACUUUGCCAACUUUCGUCUAAUUUCAGAGUUGUCCACACCAUUUGUUAACCAAAGGUGGUUCUUUGAGGCAUUAAAAUACCCCCGCUCACACCGCAUGGUUGUACUAAAUGGCGUUGCCAUGGCAGUGGUGUUCUUCCUGGUGCGUAUUGCGGUCAUGCCUUCAUACUGGGUGAGUGUAUUUGCCACCUUCGGUACUCCAGACUUUGAGCAGCUAGGCUUGGGUGCCCAGGUGGCCUGGAUCACCUCCUGCAUUGCCCUGGACAUCUUGAACACUAUCUGGAUGUAUAAAAUCACCCGAGGCUGCUACAAGGUUCUGACUGGCAGUGGAGGGCGAAAGAUUAUGGAAGGUGCAGAUUCUGUAUCAGACAAGAAGGACCACAUCAACAACCACACGGACUGAAAAGCUGUAGAGCAAAAGAAAAGUAGAGGGAUAUAACUUAGCAUGGAGGGAAGCUGCACGCUCUUCUCUGUCGGAGCCUCAGAGUCUCUCCCACCCCCACCUUUAAAUCCCCCAUCCUCAGCUGUUGAUCUCUUUGAAGUUGGGUAGCAGACCGGGCUAAGAGUCCUCAGGUUCUGACCCUAACACGGGACAAGGAGACUGCUCUUUGACUCACUCAAAGCACCAGCCUUUUUGCAGUUUCAGAUUACUACCCCUCUGGGUGAUGGCUUUCGGUUGCAGAUAAUAACGUUAGAGUUCACAAGCACACUUUAACCUCCACUCGUUUCUCUCAUCACUGUUACUUAGUACCAUUCCUUCAGUGUCCUCUCACUCUCAGCCAAAGUCCAAUCCUCUGAAGUGCCUGCAAAAGACAGGAUAAGCAAUAAUCUUCGAUCAGAAACACCACGAUUUUUCACCUGCUGAACCAGAGGCUUCGAUUCUUCGCCCUUUCUCAUCAUUCUCCGUCCACACUCUAAAAAGUGAAAAUCUCUCUCAUCAGACCCAUGCAGUGUUUGUGAAUCUAUAGGGCUCUUGUCUUAAAGUCAUCAGACCUCACACAAAGAGAAACAAACAAACAGACGAACACCAUAAUGCCUCUUUGACAGUAUCACCUGCUGUGGCCUCCUUGUAACAAGUGGCGCCUGCCUAUAUCACCAGCCAUGCCCCUCCAAACCCUGUAGGAUCUGGAUGAUUAUUUGUAAUCGAAGAAUAUGCAUGUAGAAGAGAAAAGACACUUGUUUGGGGGACUGACGAUCCCAACGGCUCUUCGAUAUCCUUAGCUUCUCACAGGACGAUGUCGCCUUUUCAGUAUUCAUCAUAUGGGCAUCACUGUGCUGUACUCUGUGCCCCACACAUUCUGUCACCUGUCCUCAUCAACCCCUGAACAUUCACACUAACAUGUCCUUUACAUUACCUUCUGCCCCCCAGGGUAGGAAUCCACUAUCCAGCCUCAGUGUUCAGUUCUGUUCUACCUCUCCCCCUGCUCUGUCAAGGUUUCACCCAUUUGUCAUGAGUUUAUUCUUUAAUUUGUGCUGUAAAGAGGGAUUUUAAUCUUUGGUGAUGUCACUGCUUCUGAGGGCUUGACAGACCUUUCUCUGUUUUUCACCCCCUCUGGGAUCUGUCUGUAGAGCUUUUUUCCCAGUGGAUACAGAGAAUAAAGUGGCAUCGCUUUCCUCACACAGCUGUCUGCAGCAUAUCGUUCCAGAGAAAUGACACUAUGACACUUCCAUUUAUCCUCUCUGUUCUCAGUCACUGUGUUUACAUGCACAAUAAUGUUCAGCUGUCAUUCUGAACAUAACGAUCUGCUGAGUUAGAUAGGUGUCAUGUAGAUGGUAUGUCCCGUGUGGAUAUUCUGAACUGGGCCUAUCCUUCUGUCCUUUAUAUACAGGACAUUCAAAGUAUGCAUUUUGGGGUUUUUACGGGAGUUUGAGACAAAUGGCCCCCGGUCAGCAGGUUCAGACCUGGUAUUAACAUGUGUCCUUAAUGAUCUGGUCAGAGCAGAUCACAUUAAAAUGUCACUACAUAUGUCUUUCUAUCUCCUUAUGCAAAUGAACCAGCGCAACAGUGGCCUAAAAAAUAAAAAUACAUAGCAUAAGGUAUCGCGUCAAGUUUAACAGACAGCAUUUGGAACAUUUAUUUGCAAACUGAAUUCACUGUUAUUUGGUGCAUGAGUUGACAUUGUGAAUGAACAAGUACAGCAAUUAUUUGUCUGUGACAAACUUUGACCAUUCCAUUUGUUUUAUAGUUCUCUUGUUAUAUGGUUUAAUCAUGAUUGAAUGUUCAGGUGCUUAAAAUAUGCAGAGAAAUUCCUGCAAAUUGUGGCUAUUAUUUUUUAUAAUUGAUAAUGCGUCAUUGUGCUUUUCAAAAUUUCCAUACAUCAUUGAAACACUUUAAUGUGAUGCUGUUGAGGACACUGGCUGAAUAGAUGAUGAUAUUAUCUGUCCCAGCAUGCAUUUGUGUUCACACUGUUAAAAAAAGGAUGUGGACGUAUGUGUCUCAGACCACCUUCAAAGAGAGUCAGUGAACAAAUCUCUUGAGUGUGUUCAUAUUUUAUUUUGGAGCUGUCCACUUGUGAUCAGAUCUCACAGGAUACAUGUAAAUGCAAGGUCUAAACAAGGCCAACUCUCUAGUAGAAGUUAAUGCCAAAUAGAGCACAUUUGUGGUCAGUAGGAGAAAUGGACUUCUAAACAUGACAAAGCAUUUGGGUAUCAACAGGUUUGCUGAGGCCAACUUUUUGAAAAAGUUGGAAGCUGUUCACAUGUUCGCACAUCCACUACUGGUAGAAACGGAAUAAAUCAGAGCAUAUACAGCUACUCAUGAAAAGGAAUAAUAGUAGAAUUUCUUUUUUAUUAUCCAUGUAAACUCCUUAUCAGGAAACUUGCCUUUUUCAGAAUGAGGCAAAAAGUUGAAUAUCUAGUGCAUGUAAAUAUUGUCAGUGUCUCUGAGAGAAUGAUUGAGGGAGGAAAUGGAAAAAGUCUAUUUUCACCCACAUAUACACAGACGUAUGAAGUUUGCAUAUGCUGACAUCAUGUCAUGUCCACAUGUUCCUGCAUUCGCUGCCCCCCCCCCCCCCCCCCCCCCCAUGGUGCUCUUCUUUUUGGAUGUCAGCAGAGUUACUAAUAAUAUAAAUAAUUUUGAUAAACCACUCUGUGAAUCUAAUUCGACCGUAUAUUGCUGUCCGAAGUAACCUGUACGUUUUAAUUUUUGUUCUGUAUAAAUUGUAAAUCAUGACUAUAGAGCAUGGUAAGAUGACAUAUUUCUGUGAUGCCUUAGUGAAUAGUCAAACUAGAUGAAUAACAUCUAAAUAUUACUUGCAUUAAUCUAAUGCUAGACAGGGGUUUGCUUUUCAAAACAGUUUUUGUUUUUUUGCCUCUACUGAAUGCAUGCACUUGUAUUUUCUUUUCUCCUCUCUCUUGCAUGUCUGUAUAUAUAAAUAUAUAUAUAUACACACACACACAAUAGCUAUGCAGGUACUUUCUGCAUAUGGCUAACACACAUUCUUCGUAAGCUAUUUUGUUGGUUUUACAAAUUCAUGAGUUUUUUUCUAGUUAUACAGUCUGCUGUUAGCAGACGCCAAAAAACCACACAAACAGACAGAGAUACAAGAGGCUGUUUCCAAUUCAGCGUCUGCUUCAACUACAAGGAGAUGAUAUAAAUAGAAACCUACAAUGGAUAUGUUUAUACUCUGCUCGCAUGUUUACAUCCUUUGCUUUCCUUUCUUGUUGGACAGAUAAUCCUAAUAGUCUGGAGAAUGUCACUGUUCACUGUGGAACUACAAAGCACACUCCCCGUGGAGCAAUAACUCAGUGAUCUCCUGUAGUUCUGUCUGUCACCACAGAGGAGGGGCUACAGUAUUUUGUGCCUUUAACACAAAAAUGGUGGAUGUGAUGCGGCCUGAUUUGGAUUAGCAUGAUUUAUAAAACCCAGUGAGUCAGUUUUCAUGUAUCUCCUCUGUUUUCCAUACAUAUACUCUGUAUAUGUUUUUAUAAUCUACCUGCACAAUGACUAAUCCGGGCCAAGUAUUAUAAUCCAAAGCUGAUCCCUUUGGGGAGUCUGUUUUAUGUUGAUUAUUGAAAACUGGGGUAUGUCUCUUUUUUUCCUUUUUUUUCUUUUUUUUGAAUGUGGCAACUGGUUGCUUAGUGGCAUUCAGGUGAGCUUACAGUGUCCAAGGUGAAUACAGUGGGAAUCAGAAUCUAUUUUUUUUAACACAAGCUCUUAGUAGAUAUACAGUAGUCGAUAGGCAGGCUAACAUCUCGCUUCUCUGGCCUCCUGAACUCAAAGCUGUGAAUAGUCAUAGAGGAAAACUGUAACACUGUUCAGUCAGGAGAUGAUUGGACUUGGGUGUAGCACACAUCUUGACUGAGCAGUGAUGCUUCUUGUAGCUGUGCUUUUUAGAUGUCUGACUUUAGACUGAGGCUGCCCUCUGGCGCAGCUCUCAUGCACAAAAUAAUAAAAUCUAUAACAAUUGUAUCAUCCAGUUGGUCUAAGGACUGGACAAACUGUGGAACCAGGAGUUUUGGUACUUCAGGGUGUUUUUUACAGAAUAAAUUUCAAGACCUGAUAUUUGUCCUGUAGCCCACUCCCAGGGACUGUAUGAAAACUGAAUGAGUACAUGAUGGAUGAUGUUGAUAAGGCUGCUAUUUUUAGGCUAUUCUGCAUACUGUGUAAGUACUGAACAACCACGGGGCCUCGCUUUCUUUACAGAGGCCAAUUUUCAUGAUAAAAUUAACGUAUUAUAUACAAAUCACCUGAAUGCAAAGUAUCAAUUCCAGACACACACUUUUGUGGUACAUUGUAUUGAAGUUGUUUGAAAGUUUGAAACUAAACAGGUGGUGAUGAGUAUUAAGUUUGGUACAUCUCUUCUCAAAUUCUUGAUUUUUCUUCCUCAAUAUAAAAUAGAAUAACAUGAAUUGAAUUUCUGCAUCUCAGUCAGGACAUCAUUAUUGUGAUGGUAAAGAAUGAUUCCGCUCCUAUUUAUGAAAUCACAGAUAAAUUGAUAAUCAGAUGACUUGCCAGAAUGACUUAUUUUCCUCCCGUUUUGUCUUUUUUUUAAUUUUGUCUUUAAAGCAAUGCAAUUUCUUGUUCUGAUCUAUUAUUUUUUGUUUCUGGGGAUUCUAAUGUGAAACAGCCUACACUACACAAACACAGGCCCUCAGGGGUCUUCUUGUCUGAGUAUUACCUUGGGACUCAGAUUAUUGUCUACAAUGACCACUACUAAUGAUCAUGUAAUUGUAGUGCUGAAAACUGAGACUUACUUGAAAGUAUUGCUCUUCAAUAAAGUUGAAGACGAUAAAGA